AUGCAGACCAAUACUUUAACUGCCUCUGCACCUGAUGGUCGCGACGCCGUGAAGCUUUCGGAUAGCAUCAGGGGAACCCCCGCCGGCAACAUCAAUAGCCAUGACCGCCAGAUACCUCAUGGUCAUCAGAAGCUUAUCUUCACCGACCCGGUCGCUCUCCGAUACCUCGAAGAAGAUCCCUCCACUGAUGUCCUCCACCGCCGAUCGACCCUGGAAGGCUAUGAGAUCUACAUCGUUGAACAAUGGGCCUGCUCGCGUAUCCAUCCUACAUUCGUCAUCUCGACAUACACAGGUGACCCGUCACACAAGGUGGUCGUGGGUGUGCUCAGCGUACCGACGGACGAGACAACAUGGUCGCCUCGGCUGCGAAUGUACUUCGAUGCAGUGAAACAAUACCAUGCUCGGAAGAAGGAGACUGCUCUGGGAACGGUGAUGGUCACAGACUUGGGCUCAUUUCCAUCUGCUUUGACAGUCAUCCCGGUCCCAGAAGGCGACAUCAAGAAACACAGGGAGGACUUUAUCGUGAACGAGAACCUGAAACGGCUCGGCUGUGCUGGUCGCGCGGGCUUAAAAUUACAAACCCCUGCAGCAGCGACGGAGGCGAAGUUUCACCAGCUUUAUCGGACGAGCGAGAGAGUGCCGCUCUACAAUGCUGUCAUCGAAUUGGUCAAGCAGUGCCAAAUUGCCUUGAUGGUAUUUGACAAACUAGCCCCCGAAUUCGUGGACGGCAUGCUGUGCGAUGUGACCGAAGCGGCCAUUAAUGACUGGUGGACAGACAUCGGCACCGAUCUAUACAACAUCGAACCAAGCGAUGGCGUCUUGGGACCUACAAGUGUGGCCGCUCUACUGGGCACGCUUUUAGGUGCUCGGAAUCGACUUAAUGCCUACGGAGCCCCCGUGGGGAAGGAUGCUUUUGACAUCGAUAAUCUGAAGAGAGGGAUUGGCGGGUUCCAGAAAUCCCAGAAGAUGAACAAGUCACGAAGACUGGACCGGCGAACGCUGGAACGUUUACAUCGCGCUACCUCCAAAGCUGCAAAUGCUGAGGGCUGGACCGACGCCGUCAAGUCAACUAUGGCGGAGCUUAGUGGCCAAGGAGGUGAGAUGGUCAUGGGCAUGGUGCGUGGACGUGAGAAGGGUGGCAUUGCCGACAUCGAGACCCUUGAUCUUGAUACCUUUGUUCAGUGCUGUUAUGGAGCGAGGGCCAAGUGGCUAUGGCUUGGAAAGCCGCGCAAAAGUGGUCCCACUCCCGGCUUCGCCGGUAGGGAAGCAGAUAUGAUGUUUACAACCGACGAUCAAGGUGGUUAUAUCUGGACGAGUAAAAAGAGGCCUUCGACCGAGGACUUACAUGCCGAGCGUGUUGCCACUGGCCUUGACAAACAAUGGAAGGCCCCCGAAUCCUUGGUCGCAGAAGAGAGAGACCACCGCAAAAAGGGCGUCAGCGGACGAGUCUCCGAUGCCCGAGCUGGUCUUGGCCGUUUCAAGGACGCAGUCGGAUUGCCUGGUUUGCGUUCACACCACCACAAGCCGUCUCGUGAUGGCUCAGAAUUGACACACGAUGCCGCAUAUCAUCCACACAUGGACAGCGACAUCGAGGUGUCAUUUCCUAAAUUAAAAAACAGCUCUGGUGUUGAAAUGGAUGGGGAGGCUGAAAAGCAUACUGAGGUUGAUGAGGACACUCUAACCGCUGUUCCCACUGAAGAGAGAUCAGAUAUCAAGCCACCAGAAAUUCACAUCGAGUCUGCCCCGGCAGAAACAGAGCCAAAUUCUCAAACAGAGGAGGCUGAUCGGCUUGCAGAGCUGCAGCCCACUCAAACGCUUGAUGAUGAGUCGUCAGACAUUGAGCGUAUAUUGUCUCGCUCAACCGCGGCUUCGAGCGACCAGGGUGAGGACCGAGAUGAGCCAGUAUCCGGACUAGCCUUGAAGGCCCUUCGGCGACCGCAAAGUUGCGAGGAUUUGCGAACCCUGGACGGUGAUAAUGAGCGUCAAGAUGAGCGGUGUCCGCGUCACCUUUCCUUCAGCAAUGUUGAAGAGGUAAUUCUUAAUUGGAAGCAGCUGGGAGGCCAGCUGGUAGUGGAGGAAACCGACAACCUCGAAGAGGCCAUUGUCCAAGAAGACAUGCUUGCAUCGGAUGCUCGUAUAUUCAGCACUCGGAUCCUAGACUUGAGUGAGCGCACUGUUCCCUGGGUCGAGCGGCAGGUGGAUUCGGUCGAUGGUCUUAACACGAAGCUUUACGAGCGCCACGAAGAGCUUAAUUUGGUCUAUCUGGAACGCUUUGGUGAUUACCAGCGUCUGCGCGAACGAUCCAGCGAUCUUCUAUCCGACGAGCAAUCCCAUCUCAGCGACGACGUGAAACGCGUCGAGCUACUCGGUGCCAAGCUGGAUUACGAGCUGCAUGUCCUCGAAUCUAAAGUCGAGGACAUGGAAGAAGGCCUCACGGACUUUGAACGGCACAUUGUCAAUAUAGAAAUGCGGGUAAAGGCUCUCCUGAAAGGCGAGGAAGAGCAUAGCAUUUCUUGGGUAACAUGGUUCCGGCGGUCCAUCGGCUUCGGAGCGUAA